UCAGGACUUGAAUUUUUAUGACUAUGGCUAGUUCAAACACUCCUAUACCUGUGGACGAUGGGUUUAAUGAGUAUGAAAGUGCUAUCAAACGUCAAAAGUCUACCACUUCAAAGGUGUGGGAUGAAAUGACAAAGCUUGAAUGCGAGAACAAAAAUGAAUUGAAGGCACAAUGUAAUCACUCUUCCGAAUCAACUUUUAGCAUGGGUAAGAAAGUUAUCACACCUUUGAGGAGUUCACUUAAGCCAAAAACGGUUCAAGCCGUUGUUUGCUUGGAUGAUUGGAUGCGAGCUAAGGGAUUUUCAGCAGAAAUUGGUUGCAAAAAGGACGAUGACGACGAUGACGACGAUGAUGACGAUGAGGAUGAUGAUGUUUCUUCGGUAGCUUUUUAAGAUACUUUCUUUCUAAAUGUUUAAAAUUUAA